AUGUCAUCAUGCCUUCCAAAGGGAAGGUGUGACGUCAUCGCGUGUCGCGAGGUGUCCUUUCACGGUUCGAAAGGGAGCCUUCCGAAGGGAAGUUGUGACGUCAUCAUGGGUCGCGAUUCUUUUCACGCUUCGGAAGGGAGCCUUUCGAAGGGAAGUUGUGACGUCAUCGCGGGGCGCGAUUCCUUUCAUGCUUCGGAAGGGAGCCUUCUGAAGGGAAGUUGUGAUGUCAUCGCGGGUCGCGAUUCUUUUCACGCUUUAGAAGGGAGCUUUCCGAAGGGUAGUUGUGACGUCAUCGCGGGUUGCGAUUCCUUUCACGCUUCGGAAGGGAGCUUUCCGAAGGGAAGUUGUGACGUCAUCGCAGGUCGCGAUUCUUUUCACGCUUCAGAAGGGAGUCUUCCGAAGAGAAGUUGUGACGUCACGAGUGCCAUGUGGCAGUGGUAUAGAAACGUUUGUUCGUGGAAAUCGAGGCGUCCCAACGGUAUGAUGAGUUAUUGCUUGGAGCAAGAAUCGAGGGGUCCUUCGUAUGCCUUUAAAAGAUUGUGGAGGGCUGAAGGAGUGAGCACUUGGAAUUUUUGA